AAACUGUUUUAUGUCAAAGAAUCGACUGUAAAGUCUGAAAACAUCAUCUCACCUAUACCUCUGGUGUUGAUAGGGUUAAAUGACCUCUACCUCUGAAAGGGUUAAAUGGUCCUGUUCACACCUGUUACCAGAGAUGUUCUAUCGAGAGGAGGAGUCCCUCUGUUAACAUCUCCAGUCACAGACAGUCGCUGUCACCAACCACAGUGACACUGCUCCCUCCCUGACCUUUGGUCUGCCCUGUGGCUCUGAGAGGAGGCCUGAUGAAAGUGGAGGCAGAGUGAGUCCUCUUUAGUUUCUGACCCAUCUGUGCAGUGAUCAGAGAGGAGGAGGAGGAGGAGGAGGAGGAAGAGGAAGAGAAGCUCCAUCCCUCUCUCUUCAUUCAUUCUCUGUUCUCCACCAUCAGACCCAGUUGAACCAGUAACAGCUGAGAGGAGCUCAGACAGGAACUCUGAUGUCUCACUGAACUCCAGCUCUCACCUCUCUAUUAUUAUUUAUUUAUUUAUUAGUAUUAUUAGUAUAUAUUGAACCCACUGGUGGAGAUGCCGGUUCAGAUCCCGGACGACUCAGACUUCUCCUCCUUUAAGGAUCAGUGUCUGAGUGCUGAUGGAUGGAACAGCCGCUACAACAAGGGAGGAGUGACAGUGUGGUGCCGCGAAGAGGAGAGCAGGACGGUCCAGAAACUCAAGAUGAGGAUAGUGUGUAAGGACGUGACGGCGGAGACGCUGUACGAUGUCCUCCAUGACACCAGCUACCGUAAGAAGUGGGACUCCAACAUGAUCGACACGUACGACAUCGGCAGGCUGACGGCCAACGCCGACGUGGGAUACUACUCCUGGAAAUGUCCGAGCCCUCUGAAGAACAGAGACUUUGUGACGAUGAGAUCUUGGCUUCCUCUCGGCAGCGACUACCUGAUCAUCAACUACUCGGUCAAACACCCGCAACACCCUCCUAAGAAGGACUACGUCCGAGCCGUGUCCCUGCUGACCGGAUACCUGAUUCAGUCCAACGGGGCCAACUGCUCCACCCUCUACUACCUGACCCAGAUGGACCCGGGAGGUUCGUUACCAAAGUGGGUGGUGAACAGAGUCUCUCAGUUUGUGGCUCCAAAGGCCAUGAGGAAGAUCUACAAGGCGUCUCUUAAGUACCCGGACUGGAAGAGGAAGCACAACCCGACCCUGAAGCCAUGGAUGUUCCCGGAGCAGAACACGCUGCCGUGCAUCAGCGCGGCGGAUCUGACGGUGCAGCGAGCCGACUCUCUGGAGAACAUCGACGAGAGCGGCCUGAGCGAGGACAAGACGCGCCACAGCGACGACGAGGAGACCUAAACGGACUCACUUCCUGUUUGAUGCUUUGUUUGUUUGAGCCGGACCAGACUUCAGCAGGAUUCUGACUGUUUUUAUCUGCACAUACGUUUGUUCUUCUUUCAUCACUCUGUUCUUUUACAGUCUGUUCAUGUCUAACAAGAUUAUUAUUCCAGAUUAGACAAUAAACACACCUGGUUCAGGUGAGCCAA